AUGUGGCAAGGAUCUCAUUUGGCUUGGCUUCUUGCGGCCGCAAACAUCAUUGUCCCUGGUGUGCAGGCCGUUGACACUCUCGUCGAUGUCGGAUAUGCCAAGUUUCAGGGUGCCGUUACGAAUGCCGAUCUGGGUGUGACAACCUGGAAGGGCAUUCAGUUCGGCGCUCCUCCGGUCGGCGACCUCCGCUUCGCCGCCCCGGCCGAUCCGGUCCAGACCGGCACCGUUAAUGCCACGGCCCACGGCCCCAUCUGCCCCCCUCAACAGCCCACCGACUGGACUGUCACCGGCACUUAUGAGCGCUUCACGGUUGAUGAAGACUGUCUCUACCUGGCUGUCACUGCCCCUUCCGGUGCCAGUGUUGACUCCAAGUUGCCCGUAGUCUUCUUCAUCCAGGGCGGUGGAUUCGGCUCCAACUCAAACGCCAACUGGGACGCCAGCGAGAUUGCUUCUGACGGCAACGUCAUCGUUGUUCAAAUCAACUACCGCGUUGGAAUGUAUGGCUUCCUUCAAAGUGAGGAGGUUCGCGCUGGCGGCGGUCUGAACGCCGGUGUCAAGGACAUGAUCAAGGCUCUCGAGUGGGUUCAGACCAACAUCGAGAAGUUCGGCGGAAACCCCGAGCAAGUUGUCCUCGACGGAGUCAGUGCUGGUGGCUCCGCCGUCGGCCUUCUCAUGGCCGCCGACACUGGCGGCAAGACGCUCUUCGCCGGCGGAAUUGCCGAGUCCGGUGGCUGGGUCACGAUGAGAACCAUGGAGCAGGGCCAGGGCCAGUACGAUUGCCUCGUCAAGGAGAAGAACUGCACCGACGCUACCGACUCGUUGUCCUGCCUGCGUGCUCUCAACCAGUCCGAGGUCCGUUCAUCCAGCUGCUGGUUCAACCCCGGAAUCGAUGGUGAGCUUUUCUCCGACAGCAUGGUCAACCUUUUCGAGGCCGGCAAGUACACCAAGGUUCCUACCAUCUGGGGUUCUUGCGCCAACGAGGGAACCAUGUACUCCGCGCCGCAGUCCACCAACUCCACCGAGGAGGCGAACACAUGGCUCCUCGGCCAGGACCCCUCCCUCUCCAACAGCUCUCUCGCCAUCCUCGAUGACCUCUACAUCGACGUCCCUCAGCCCGUCUUCCCCGAGUCCGGAGUCAAGUGGCGCCAGGCCGCCAACGCUAUCGGCGACGUUGGCACCCACUGCAUCGUCCGCAACAUCCAGAACUACCUGGCCCGCGACGAGGUGACGACCUACAACUACAGAUACGGCGUUCUCGACCCCAAGAACGAGGCCGAAGGUUUCGGUGCGUACCACACCGUCAACACGUACGCCUUCUGGGGCCCCAACCGCACCGACGGAUCCGCGCCCGACUCUUACUUCAACAUCAACGCGCCCAUCAUCUCUCAGUUCCGCAAGUACUGGGUCUCCUUCAUCAAGAACCUGGACCCCAACACCGACCGCGAGAAGGGCGCUGCUGAGUGGAGGCCGUUCACUGGUCCCGAGGGCCGCGAGAGGUUGUUUGUGCAGACUAACAACACGCACAUGGAGAGAAUGAGCUCUGCUCAGGCUCUCAGAUGCGACGUUGUCAGGCUGUUCUCGAACAACCUGGGCAAGCCUGUGGACACUGGAGUCGUCACUGAGUUGGACGCUACUUUGGCAGCUGGCAUCAACAGCACAACCGAGUUUACCGCUUUUGGCAAGAAGAGACACGUCAGGCAGUUCUCUCUCUACUACUGA